AUGUCAUCUUCCAACAAGAGGAUUGCCUUGCUUGCUCGUGUGGAGCCAAAGGUGUUCUUUGCCAAUGAACGUACUUUCUUAUCAUGGCUCAAUUUCACUGUGAUCUUGGGUUCUCUUGGUGUGGGUUUGUUGAACUUUGGUGACAAGAUCGGUCGGGUUUCUGCUGGUUUGUUUACUUUCAUUGCUAUGUUGACCAUGGCUUAUGCUCUUGUUACUUACCAUUGGAGAGCCAAGGCAAUCAGAAUGAGAGGAUCUGGUCCAUACGACGAUAGAUUUGGCCCCACCAUGCUUUGCAUAUUUCUUUUGGUCGCAGUUGUGGUCAAUUUCAUCUUGAGAAUAAGAGCUUGA